AUGAGUGAUGCACUCUUUUUUGAUAUUAAUGAUUAUAUUUACUUUAUGAGCGAUAAUAAGGCUUCUAUAGAUACAAACAAUAACAAAGAGGUAACUGAAGUGAAUGAAUUGGACUUGAAAAAUACAAAUGAACCUACAUAUUUAUUAGUUGAGACUGAAGAGGAUGGUUCAGAUUUGGAGAGCGAAUAUGAAGAUACAGAAUCUAUAUUUUU